AACCGAUGCUGUGUUUCGCCGUAUUUAGCCUCGAACCGCCCGAACGAACGUCAGCGUCAUGGUGCGGCGGCGACGGGGCUUCGGGCUCUACGUCGUGUACCUACGCGUGCGGAGCAAGCUCAUCAAGCCACGCAUGCGCGGCGAGACGUUCCGGCGCUGGGUCGCGCGCAACAUGGACAACUCGCUCCUCUCGUCGAUCCUCGAUAUCGUGCAAGUGGGCAUGGGGCUCAUUGUGACGCUCUUGUAUACCGAUAAGAACUGGUCCAUGUGGAACACCAGCGUCGACAGCGCCGAGCUCGGCCUCGCCCACGCCUUUAUGGGCGUCCUAUUUGCCUUCGACUAUGCGCUCUGUUUGUAUGCAGCCGACGACCGCGUCGCCUUCUUCGUCGAUCCGGUCGCGCUCGCCGACUUUGUUACGAUUUAUCCGCAGUUCAUCGACGUGGUGAUCUCGCCGGCCACCUACGAGGCAAGCCACACGUACUACGCGGCGCUCAAGAGCCUCAUGCCAUUCCGGUGUCUCCGUUGCUUUCGGCUUCUCUCGUUUGCCCGGACGGCCAAACAGCGCGAGAUGGGCACGCUCUUCUUUGGUGUCGUCGCCAUCAUCAUUUGCUUUGGCGCGAUUGGCCAGGCCAUAGAAGCGUGUCCGUGCAAGUCGAACGUACCGGACCCGAGCCGGUGCACGGUGCUGCAGAAAAACACCACGUCGGGGCGCUGCCAAGACCUCUCGAUCUACAACGCCAUGUACUUUGUCGUCAUCACGAUAGCGACGCUCGGGUAUGGCGACAUUGCGCCCAAGUCGCAGCUCGGGCGGGUGAGCGUGACGCUGCUCAUUAUCGCAUCGAGCGUCGUGCUGCCCAUGCAAAUUAGCAAACUCAGCGACGUUGUGAGCCGCGAAACCGAGUACGACAAUGCGUUUACAGGGCGAACCGAAAAGCACCCGCACGUUGUGCUCUGUGGGGACGUGACAGCGUCCGCCCUUGAUUUCUUCUUGCGCGAAUAUCUCAACCCGCGCAAUUUGAACUGGAAGGACAAGGUCGUGAUCCUGAGUCCGUCCUUGCCGUCGCACAACCUCAAGCGCGUGCUACUGGACCCGGCGUACGAGCAGCGCGUCAAGUACCUUCAAGGCUCGGCCAUGUCCCGCACGGAUUUGCUGCGGGCCAAAGCGGCUGCGGCCAAAGCGUGCUACGUCAUGGUCGACAAACGCGCGCUGGACAGCGACACGGCCGACACGGCUGCAAAUUUCAUUACGAUUUCACUGCGACACUUUAACAAGCACGUUCCACUGUUUGUUCAAGUCGGCAAGACGGACAAUAUUGGCCACAUUUCGCUCUCGGGCGCGAGCAAUAUUCUGUGCAUUGACCAAUUGGUCAUGGGUAUUUUGGCAAAAUCGUGCUUGAUCCCCGGCCUUCCCGCGCUCUUGACGUCGAUUCUGUUCAGUAUUACGAGCCCCACGCGUCUCGAGAAGACAGGGCACCCUCGGUGGGUGACCGAGUACCUCGGCGGGGCGAGCCACAACAUUUAUGACGUGAUGCUGCCAACGUUCCUCGAGGGCAACGUCUCCUUUGCGUUCUUUGCCUUCCUCCUCUUCCAGGAGCUGCGCAUCGUGCUGGUGGGUCUCUACGAUGCGGACGACGGGUACCGACUCUUCCCAUCGUCGGAGCGACUGCGGACAAGCCACACGCUCUUCGUGCUCGCAACGACGCCGCAAUGUCGCCAGCACGUGCGCGGUAUUACACUGGCCAUGCUCCAAAAGCACAAGGCGCUCUUACCUACGUUUGACGACGUGUCCCAAGCGUGGAAUUUUCUCACGUUUACGACCAAGCUCGCGAAUGCCAAGGGCGGACUCUUGUCUGCCCGCACGUCAAUCACGACUACGACGUCGCUCCAGUCGCACCGCCAUAGCUCGCUGCCGAUCGUCGCGCGGUCGGUGAAAAAUGCAUUGGCCGACGGUAUCGACCACGGCCUCUCACGCGUCGACUCUUUUGUGAGCGAUGCUGGCCUCUUGGCGACCGAGCCGACGCUGCCAGUGAAUGAGGAGAAACCACCGGCGCGCAUCCCUCGCCUCGUCCUGCCGUCGUCGGUCGAAGACGGCGAAGGGCCCCUCUUUGCCGCCGCGCUCUUGCGUGAUCGCAGCUACCCGGCGGCGGCCAUCGAUGCCUACGGUGCGUUUCUCGCCACUGCUGUGCCCGAGACCAUGCGUGGGCACGUUGUACUCUGCGGCCUUCCAACGUCCCUUCAAGACUUUAUCUUGCCAUUGCGCAACGCGUCGCAUGGUGCUGUGCUUCCGAUCGUUGUCGUGAGCAGCGCGCCGCUCACCGAGGCUAUGUUUGCCCGGCUCGGUCGCCGCGACCAAGUGUAUUAUAUCUGCGGCUCGCCGCUCUCGGCCAAGACGCUCGCAGCGGCGUGCGUUACGACCAGCAAAAGCAUCGUCAUCUUGGCAAGCUGCGCGCAAACGCCGCCGCACGUCGACGACGACGACGUUUUCGAGUCGGAGCUCGACUCGAAUGACGUGAUUGACCACAAUAUGCCCGACACGGACGCAAUCACACUGCAUCGGUUCGUCACCGAAGUUUGUGAGACGUCGCUCGAUGUCGACGCGCCCCGCCCGUCGAUUGUCAUUGAACUGAGUCGACCGAGCAGUGUUCGGUUCCUCAAGACCUUGCACGAUGAAGACAUGGGCACGACGAAUGGCACGCAGCGAUCGAAUGAAGUGCUCGACAGCAUUUGCCACCCGCUGUUUGCUGGCGGCCAUAUUGUCGUCUCGAACGCGCUUGACGCGCUCCUUGGCAGCUGCAAAAAGACAGGCAGCGGCAUCGAUUUCCUUCACCUCCUUGUGUUUGGGGAGGCGGACGAUACCGAGCGGCCGCGGGCACUGCGCCAAGUGCCGGUGCCAGCAGCGCUUCUUGGUCAGUCGUAUGCGGCGUGCUUUGAAGCGCUUCUGCUGCACGAGGAUACGCUGUGUCUCGGGGUGUUUCGCGCGAGGACGUCGGUGGCGCAUUUUACUUUUGUCAACCCCGCCCCCGACACGCUCCUCGCCCCCCACGACCGUUUGUUUAUUGUGCGAUGAGUGAGAGAAUUGUUCUUGUAGAUAGUUAUAGAGUUAGGUGUAGGUGCCUCUACAGUGGGCAAAGAUCGAUUGUAGGCAUUGUUCAGCAAUCAACUGCAAUCACAAUUUCUUCUUUAACCA